CUGGCUAGUCAAUCGCCUCUCCGGUCCCCAUCUCAAACUCACUACUGGCUAGUCAAUCGCCUCUCCGGUCCCCAUCUCAAACUCGUAACGCUCGAGAUCGAGAGAGAGAGAGAGAGAGAGAGAGAGAGAGAGAUGGGAGGGUGCUUCUCCGUCGCCGGCGACGUGCGGGGCGGGAUGGAGGCCGUGGGAGGCGGCGGGGGCGGGAGGAGCAGCGGGGCGGCGCAGCCGGAUGGGCCGAACGACGCGGUCGACUACUUCUUCCAGACGCGCGGCCUCCGCAGCCUCUACACGCCCAUCGAGCUGUCGUUUUCAGCAUCAAAGUUGCGGGAUAUGGAUGUUCUUUCAAAGAGUGAUCCUAUGUUAGUGGUCUACACUAAAAAAGACGGAAGGCUAGAAGAGAUUGGCCGUACUGAAGUGAUUUUGAAUUCACUGGAACCGUCAUGGAUCACAAAGGCUACAAUGUCUUACCAAUUUGAGAUUGUGCAGCCACUCAUAUUCAAGAUAUAUGACGUUGACACAAAGUAUCACAAAACUCCAGUGAAGAUGUUGAACUUGGCUCAGCAAGAUUUUCUAGGGGAAACAUGCUGCAACGUAUCAGAGAUUGUCACAAAAUUCAACCAUAGCCUAACAUUGAACCUCCGAAGCGGUUCUGGACAUGCUCUUCUGGGAACAAUGACUGUGCAUGCUGAAGAAAGCGAUUCCUCUAGAAUGGCUGUCGAGAUGGCACUGCGGUGCCUGAACUUGGAAAACAAAGAUGUGUUCUCCAAAAGUGAUCCCUUCUUGAGAAUAUCAAAACUGGUAGAGACAGCUGGUCCCAUUCCUAUCUGCAAAACAGAAGUCAUAAUGAACAACUUAAACCCUGUUUGGAGGCCAAUCACUCUAACUUCCCAACAAUAUGGAAGCAAGGACAACCCUCUGCUAGUUGAGUGUUUCGAUUUUGAUUCCAGUGGUGACCAUGAACUGAUUGGGGCCUUCCAGACAACUAUUACUCAGCUUGAAAAUCUAUAUAACUCAAAGUCUGGAGCAAAUUUUUACAGCCAUAAGGGACAAAAAAAGUUGAAGGGACAAUUGUUUGUAGAUAAGUUGCAGGAAAAAGUCCAGCAUACUUUCUUGGACUAUAUUUCCAGUGGAUUUGAGCUUAAUUUUAUGGUGGCUGUAGAUUUUACCGCUUCAAAUGGCGACCCCCGUGCACCACAAUCCUUGCACUACAUUGACCCCUCUGGCAGACCUAAUUCAUACCAACAGGCAAUCCUAGGGGUCGGCGAAAUUCUACAGUUUUAUGACAGUGAUAGGCGAUUCCCUGCAUGGGGCUUUGGAGCAAAGACAGAAGGGCGUAUUUUGCAUUAUUUUAACUUGAAUACAACUAGCAAUGACUGUGAGGUCGUUGGAGUUGAAGGCAUCAUGUCAGCGUACACCACUGCUCUUUGCAGUGUUUCGCUUGCUGGGCCAACUAUGUUUGGGCCCGUGAUCAACAAAGCUGCAGAAAUUGCAAGCCAGUCCCUUCAAUGUGCAAACAAUAAAUAUUUUGUCUUGCUCAUUAUCACGGAUGGAGUUCUCACUGACAUCCAAGAAACAAAAGAUUCUAUUGUAAGGGCAUCAGAUUUGCCAUUGUCAAUUCUCAUUGUUGGCGUCGGAAAUGCUGAUUUCAAACAAAUGGAGAUCCUAGACGCAGACAACGGUAAGCGACUGGAAAGCUCGACUGGCAGGAUUGCGACACGCGACGUCGUCCAGUUUGUUCCCAUGAGGGAAGUCCAAGGUGGCCAUGUCUCCGUUGUCCAAUCUCUUCUGGAGGAGCUGCCCUGUCAGUUCCUGACGUACGUGCGCAGCCGGGACAUCAAGCCACAGGUUCCGGGGUAUGCUUCAGCGCCUGUUUACCCUCCUCAACAGUGACCCAAAGAAACCUGCUACGCUCUACACGAGCUGGUUGUAAUACCAAAUUUUUGAGAGAGAGAGAAAAAAAAGGAGAUUUGACCAGAAUUUUGACUUUUUGAUCCGUGGCUCGUAUAGACGAUCGGAGACCGUGGUUGCGUUCAUCUCGUCGAGACGAACCCAUUUUGC